AUGCCCCCCAGGAAAAAAAAAUCCUCAACGUUACAAUCUAAUAAUAAAAGAGGAAAAGGAGGGAAAGGUUCUACAGUUGAUGAACCUAAUAAAUCCAGUAAUAAGAAAACUCCUCCCACAACAUCAAGUCGUGAAAAAACCCCUCCCAUAACAUCAAGUCAUGAAAAAACCCCUCCCAUAACAUCAAGUCAUGAAAAAACUCCUCUCACAACAUCAAGUCGUGAAAAAACCCCUACCACAACUUCAACUAGUCAUGAGAAAACUCCUGCAAGUCGUGAGAAAACUCCCACCACAACCUCAACCAAAACUCCUAUAUCAACUUCAACUAAACCUUCAAGUUGUGAAAAAACACCUGCCACAACUUCAAGUCCUGAGAAGACUCCUGUAACAGUUUAUAUCGAUGAUAAAGAUUUCAGUGACUCAUUAAGUGAAUUAAGUUGGGACAAAAAUAAAGCUGGUAUAGAGCGACUACAAGAGCAACGUCAAGAACAUGGUCGAAAAUACCAAAGGUUAGACUUGGAUGAUAUUAUUGAACCUUUAAGUGAUAGUACUUUUAUUAGCAGUUCCAGAAAAAGCAAGAGUUCCGUCACAUCAUCUAUUUUGUUUAAUGAUUGGGACAAUUGGAAAUUGGAUGAUGAUGAAGACUUAAAUAAUGAUGAUGUGCAAAAUAGACCAACCACAUCUGUGACGAAGCACCAUUUUUCAAAAGAACCUGUAUCUCGGAAUUCGGCAAUAUCUUCAGAAGAUAUAAAUUCACAUGAAAUAUCUUCAGCAAUUGCAAAUAUUUUGCAACCAGAAAAUUUAGAGGUUAUGAUACGAACUGCAGUCAAUCGUGAAGUUGAAAAACGUGUCAAAUCAUUUUUUGAUAAUCGUGCAGAUUUUAUAUUGUCAUCAUCCUCAUCUUAUUUAUCAUCUGCACCUCAAACACGAAAAUAUCGGGAUCAGAACCAUGUAAUUACUACUGUAAUGGAAUUUACUAAACCACUGUUUAUGAAAAUGCGAAACCUUUCUGAUACAGCUCUUGAAUUAAUAAUUAAUGCAAUGUGGCCAGAAAAACCAACAUUUGCAGAUGAAUCUGAUAUAAAUGUAGCAAGAAGUAAAGCAAAAAAAUUUUUUCAAGCAUAUCGUUGUAAUUUAAAUAACGAUUUGUCACAACAUGCUGAUAAUGUAAUUGAGCGUUAUAAAAAAGAAAAAAACAUUGGUAGAAUUAAUACAUUCACGAAAUCAAUAAUCAUAGAUUAUGUUUCAGAUGAUUUUACACGUGAUAUUUUUAAUACAUACAUGAUUUACACACCGACAAUGAAAGAUGAUGUUGAUGCAUUAAAUAUUUUAAAAUCAUUCUUGUGCAGAGCGUUAAGCCAUCAUAUUGGUGAAAAGUUGAAUGGCAAUAGUGAUCAUGAAGCAACCUUACAUAAGGUAAAAUCAUUAGACUAUAUUACUAAAGAUUUAGUAUUAAAAUCACGUCUUUAUGCCAAUAUUAUUAACAAUAUUUAAUGGGAUAGAUUAGAUAAUAUAAACUUGAUAGCUUUAAUUAGUAGUAUGCUAAUAUUAUUAACAAUAUUUAGUGGGAUAGAUUAGAUUAUAUAAAUUCAUAGCUUUAGGUAACGUAUUAAAUGUAUUGUAAUAGUAUUUGCUUUGAAAGCUUCUAACAACAUUAUAAUGAUAAUAUAAUACAUAAUUAUUAAAUAGUUAUUAAUAGCAUAUUAAAAGCAUUUAGCAAUAUUUUGUAAAUAGAUAUCUUUAUUUGCAUUUAAUAGUAUUUUUAAAGUUAAAUUGUAAAAACCUUUUCUAGUAUUCUAAAGAUAUCUCGCUUUUAACAAUGAUUUUAAAGCAUUUCGAGAAGCUAAAAUACGUUUUAAGAGCAUUUUUAUGACAUCUUAAAAAAAUUAGCUUGCCCAGUAAAGUUAGUGAAACCAUUUUCUUCUGCUUUUUGAAACCAAUAAAAGGCUUUUUCUAAAUUCUUUUCUGUUCCUUCUCCAUUUA